AUUAUUUAGAUAUUUUCUAUAAAUUUGUCAACUUAAAUGCAUUAAUCGGCCAUAAUAUACUAAAUGCAACAGAACCAGAAUUUUCAUCCGUCGCUUGUAUAACAAGUAAUCAGACUUUGUUUGAUGAUAGAAAUAUUAUUUGUACUGGAACACUCAUUUCAAACGAGCACAUUUUGACAGCUGCCCAUUGCUUUUAUAAUGUUCAACAAUCGAGUAUUAAUGUAAUUUUAGGAUCUAUUAUUAUAUCAGCUGGAACAAAAUAUUAUAUAAUGUGGUGGAUAACAUAUAAUCAAUGGACUACGCAAAUGAGACUGCAUAUGGAAUUUCCAUCGAAUGAUAUUGCAGUAGCAAAAUUAUUGCGAACUACACGUAAUCAAAUUAUACCGGCAACUCUUUCAAUCACACCAAAUAUUAGAAUGUAUAGAUUAAAAGUUCAAGUAGCAGGCUGUGGUUUAUCUAAUGAUAAUGUUUCUCCGCAAAUAAUACAAACUGCUAAAUUAAAAAUCAUAAAAAAAAUAGAAUGUGAAGCAAUAGCUAUGAGACUCUUAGGACAUCGUGAGAUUAUUGAGGAAAGAUACCUCUGUACUAUAGCAAAUCCAUACACACUUUUAAGUAGUGGUGAUAGUGGCGGUCCGCUUUUUUAUAGAAAUAUUAUUUUAGGUAUUAAUGUGGGAAAUUAUCCAAGCUUAAAUGAUUGUAUGUAG